AUGUCAUGUUCCUCAAAGAAAGCAGCUAAGGAGGAAGCAUCUCCCUAUUCGUUACUUGAUAUCUGCCUGAAUUUCAUGACUACUCACCUUGAAAAGUUCUGUUCUGCAAGGCAAGAUGGAACACUGUGUCUGCAGGAACCUGGAGUAUUUCCACAGGAAGUGGCUGAUCGACUGCUUCAGACCAUGGCUUUUCAUGGUCUACUGAAUGAUGGAACCGUGGGUAUUUUCCGGGGCAACCAGAUGCGCUUAAAGCGAGCUUGCAUUCGCAAAGCAAAGAUCUCUGCUGUUGCUUUCCGGAAAGCCUUUUGCCACCACAAGUUAGUGGAACUUGAUGCCACAGGGGUGAAUGCUGACAUCACGAUUACAGACAUCAUCAGCGGGCUUGGCAGUAACAAAUGGAUCCAGCAAAAUCUCCAGUGCCUAGUGCUGAACUCAUUGACUCUCUCUCUCGAAGAUCCUUAUGAACGGUGCUUCAGCCGUCUUUCUGGCCUUCGAGCUUUGAGCAUCACCAACGUUCUCUUUUACAAUGAAGACCUGGCUGAAGUUGCUUCCUUGCCAAGAUUGGAGAGCCUGGACAUUUCCAACACGUCCAUCACAGAUAUCACUGCUCUUUUGGCUUGCAAAGACCGCCUCAAGUCUCUAACCAUGCACCACUUGAAAUGUUUGAAAAUGACCACGACCCAGAUACUAGAUGUGGUUCAGGAGCUAAAGCAUUUGAAUCAUCUUGAUAUUUCAGAUGAUAAACAGUUUACAUCAGACAUAGCUCUUCGCUUAUUGGAACAAAAGGACAUCCUGCCCAACCUCGUCUCCCUGGAUGUUUCUGGGAGAAAACACGUGACAGAUAAAGCUGUGGAAGCCUUUAUUCAACAACGGCCCAGCAUGCAGUUUGUAGGUUUGUUGGCCACUGAUGCUGGCUACUCAGAAUUCCUCACAGGAGAAGGACAUUUGAAGGUGUCCGGGGAAGCCAACGAAACCCAGAUUGCGGAAGCAUUGAAGCGAUACAGUGAGCGAGCUUUCUUUGUCCGAGAAGCUCUCUUCCAUCUUUUCAGCCUGACUCAUGUGAUGGAAAAAACAAAGCCAGAAAUUUUAAAGCUUGUGGUUACCGGGAUGAGAAACCACCCUAUGAAUUUGCCAGUGCAGCUGGCUGCAAGCGCCUGUGUGUUUAACUUAACCAAGCAGGAUCUUGCUACAGGAAUGCCCGUACGGCUCCUGGCCGAUGUGACCCAUUUGCUGCUCAAAGCCAUGGAACAUUUUCCUAAUCAUCAGCAGUUACAGAAGAAUUGCCUCCUCUCACUUUGCAGUGACCGGAUUCUUCAAGAUGUCCCAUUUAACAGGUUCGAAGCUGCCAAGCUGGUCAUGCAAUGGCUCUGCAACCAUGAGGAUCAAAACAUGCAGAGGAUGGCGGUUGCUAUCAUUUCCAUCCUGGCUGCCAAGCUUUCUACAGAGCAAACUGCACAGCUUGGUGCCGAGCUCUUCAUUGUCAGGCAACUUCUUCAAAUAGUGAAGCAGAAAACCAAUCAAAAUUCAGUGGACACCACUUUGAAGUUUACACUGAGUGCACUCUGGAACCUCACAGAUGAAUCCCCAACCACUUGCAGACACUUCAUUGAGAACCAAGGGUUAGAACUCUUCAUGAGGGUUCUGGAGUCUUUCCCAAGUGAAUCAUCCAUUCAACAGAAAGUCCUAGGACUUUUGAACAAUAUAGCUGAAGUACAGGAAUUGCAUUCUGAAUUAAUGUGGAAGGAUUUUAUAGACCACAUCAGUAGCCUUCUACACAGUGUGGAAGUGGAAGUCAGUUACUUUGCAGCUGGAAUUAUUGCCCACUUAAUAUCCAGAGGUGAACAGGCCUGGACACUGAGCCGCAGCCAAAGGAAUUCUCUUCUGGAUGAUCUGCAUUCAGCUAUUUUGAAAUGGCCAACUCCAGAGUGUGAGAUGGUAGCAUACAGGUCCUUCAAUCCAUUUUUCCCAUUACUUGGCUGUUUCACAACACCUGGAGUUCAACUGUGGGCAGUUUGGGCCAUGCAACAUGUGUGUAGCAAGAAUCCCUCAAGGUACUGCAGUAUGCUGAUUGAAGAAGGAGGUUUGCAGCAUUUAUACAACAUCAAAGAACAUGAACAGACUGAUCCCCACGUCCAACAGAUUGCUGUGGCCAUUCUGGACAGCUUAGAAAAACACAUCGUACGUCAUGGGAGGCCACCUCCCUGUAAAAAGCAACCCCAGGCCCGACUAAAUUGAUAGCCAUAGGUAAUUGGGUAAUCCAGUCACAGGAAUAGUUUUUGUCAUUGGUUCAUUUGGAAUAGCUUCCCGUCUAUGAUGUUUUGUGAGUUUCUAAGACAAAAGUCAUAGGAUCUAUUUGGGAUUGAUGAUAUACAGUGCUGACCAUGUGAACAGUCUUAAUUCGUCUUGUGAUUUUUAACUUAUGAGGCAAGAAGGGUCUCUUCCUUCACCAUUGCCUUUUAGGAAAUUUUCCACAUCUUUCAGUGUUUGAAUUUACCUAUGCUUGAGAAUCUACAGUUUUAUGAUAAAGUUUGCACGAACCCUUAGGUCAGACUCUUCUGAUUUCAUUAUCCCUUCCAAUCCAUUUGCAGCCGCAGAUAAGCUGUUACCCUGAUUUCCGGCACUGCUGUAGUUGUAAAUUUUAUACUGCUUCUGUAUAAAAUUCUCUGUGUGUGUAUCUUUUACAAGAUGUCCUCUUGUGUAAAAGAACGGAAAUUGGAAUCCUGUCCUGUGGAAGCUACUCACCAGCUGGACCCUGAAUGGUUGACAGAGAAAUACAUUCAAGAGAAAAUUUAUUGAGAGAAAAAGGUGUUUAGAGGCUGGGAAAGGGUCACUUCUAGAAUGGCAGAUGCUGUCCUUUGGAGCGCAGUGGCUUGUUUUCCACACUUACAUCCAAAGCUUGGACUGCUCCCUGCACAGACUGCUGAUUGUCCUACAUCUAUUUCCCCAAGCAUCACAGUGUCCCAUAGUACAACAUUCUGUGUUAGAAACUAACUGUCCAAAAGUCUCUAGGUCAUUUUGAUGUGAAAAUGUGAAUUUUUAUAAAACUUUCCUCUGGUUAAAACUGGCCCUUCUCUUCCCUCUAUUUCAAAGUCAUGUUUGUUCAGUGGACUAGAGAACACAGAUGAAGAUGAGGUCACUUGGUCAGUUAAAAGACAAUUAACAACAGCAUAUUGUGCCAUGAGAAGUUAAGUUUUAUUUUGUUUCAAUAUCUAUACAUCCUCUGUUGUUCAAAUUGGGGGAAAUGUCCACUGUCAGAAAUGAGAAAGUAUUAUAAGAUCAUCGUUAAAUGUAAUGAUUCUAGUUUCAGUGUAUAAGAGGAAAUGUUUUUGAUGGAUUUGUUUUCAGAAAUUGCCAUUUCCUCAAGGGUACCUGUUACAAUAUUGUAAAGAAUCAAUUAUUAUAUUAAUAAUAACACUUGGGAGACAGAAAGUCACCAAGAAACUUAAUUUUUAUUUUAAUUUACAUAUUGUGAUAGAUCAUUUGCAAUCUCAAAAGACCAGAUUCUUUUUUCCCCAAAAAUGACCAAAAUGUUAUCCAUUGAGAUUUUAAAUGAAAUAUGUAAAUUAUAGUAAUUAUUCAGAAGCAUCUUAAUUUAAAGAGGAGCUGGUUUAUUAAGAUGUUGAUAACAUUUUGACAAGUGUCAUACUACUUUUAGACUUGAAUUACUUAAAACUUCCUCACAAGGUUAAAAACAGGAAAAAAUUAAUGAAUAGCUAUUUAGAACCAUUCGAAAACAUGGAAUUUUAAUUCUGACUUGAUUUAAGAUAAAUUUUCAUAUGUUAAGUCUAAUUUCAGAGGAAAUUUAAAAAAUUAUUUUCCAUUUUUUUGCUGGAUUCUAAUGGCUAAGACAGAAUGCAAAAUAGAAAAGGCCUAUAUAUAGUAUCGUGAAAGUUACCAGCUCUAAUCUUGGAAGUUACUAGUUCUUGUGAUCAUUCUCAGGUCUCUCACGUAGUGUACUUAAGGAAAAACGCAUUUAUGAUGUUUGUCUUCACAUUUCUAGUUUGUGUUCUUCAAGACGAAAAUGUGUGUUCCUUCUAGAUUAAUGCCAAGUUUUUGUCUUUACAAAUUGAUUUCAGAAUGGGCUAGAAACAGUUACUUCCUUUCUUUUUUUUCAGAGAUAACGUAUUGAUAGGUAAAGAUUAAAAAAUAUUUAAUAGCAAAUAAGUUUAAUACUGUAAGCAUCAGUCGUGAUCAGGUACUUUUGAGUCCUCAAAGAAAACUGUUCACCUCUGAAAUUCUAAAAAUUUUAGUGCCUUUGUGGUUGGGAUGGUUCUUAACUGUAAAUGAGUAAGGAAUAAAAUUGUCGUUAUGGUCUCAGAUCUACCUAAAAUUUAGUGUAUAUGUGUGUGUAUAUUAUACACAUACAUACACAGACAGGUGUAUAAAUGAUGAGACCUAACUGGCCGGUCUCUAACUAAAUCUGUAAGUCCUCCCUUUCACAAUGGUAUACUAGAAGGGCGCAGGACUUGUUGUCUUCAUGGGUUACCUAUCUCUGAGGUGGCUUACAGGUGCUAUUUCAAGCACAAUUAGACUAGGGAUGAACCACUUAUUUCUCAAAUUAUUGGUGCACUCAGAAAUUUUAAACCAUCACUAGGAGUGCUUAGUGGCACAAACAAUUUUAACAUUCUGGGCUACAAACUGUAAGGUGGGAAGUUUGAGUCCACCCCGAGGGCCUCAGUUGCUAGGAUUACCAUGGAUCAUCUCAGCCAUUGAAAACCUACGUAGCACACUACUCUGACAGCUCAGGUUGCCAAGUGUUGGACAUCAACAUGACGGCAACUGGUAAGAAUAAGAUAGGCUCCAAGCACGAGCGAGGCUUAGAUAUACUAAAGAAAAGGGAAUUGGAUUUUUUUAGAGUAUAAUAAUGCAUGGUGGUAUCACUGAGUAAAACAAGAUUAAUCUGAAAUUAGGGCAAAAAUAAAGGCAUCUUAUUCUUUCUAACAAGUUUGGCCAUUGUCUUAAUACUAUAUAAAAAUAUUUUGUUGUUUUUGCAUUUGAAAAACAAAACAAGUCAAGUAUAAUAAGAAAUGAUUUUCCCCUCUGGCCAGAGGCGACUGAUGCUAGUUGAAGAUUUAAAAAAGCACAUCAGAUCUACAAUUUGUGGAAUUUCUGUUACUCACCCCUAGAAGAAAUGCCACGAAGUGGGUAGUAGUCAAUUUAAGUGGAUUACCCAAAGUUGAGGUGAAUCACCUUAAAGCUGCUAGAGAAGUUUGUUUAUACAAGACUUUCUAUUUUCAAAUGUCCAAAGAAUCCAGGGUUCAUAUCUAAAAACGCCAAUCCUAUGUACUUAGCUUUAGGAAGUUUUUUUUUUUAACUCAUGAAACUUUUGUUUUCUCCCCAGUUACUUUUAUUUGGCUAUGAUUUUAAUUCUGAGAAUACCGCAAGAUAGCACGGGGGCAGUUGCUUAACUUUGUGGAGCACAUUAUGAUAAGACUCUAUUUUGUGUGCCGAGAUAAGGUUGUGAGUAUAUGUCAGUACUUUUCAAUCUUAAAACAAAGGGAUGUUGCUUUUUAGUGGGUAUCUUUACCGGGGUAACCCUUGCUUUGAAGUCAUCUUGGUCUCUACUGUUUUCAACGCCAGCUCUUUGUUGAAGUUCUCACCAGAGCAAGUAAGCCCUUAACCAAAGUGUGUAUAAAAUGCACCCAGUAGUAGAAUUCCAAGAUGCAUUUCUGCCGUAAAUCCAAACCACUGCCAUAGAGGCAAUCCCAACUAUUAGUGAGCUCACGGGAUCGAGUCGAACUGCCUCACAGGUUUCCAAGGCCGUAAACCUUUACAGAAGAGAUGGCCUCAUCUUCCUCCAGCGCACUGUGGCUGGUGGUCUGGCACCACCAAUUUAAUGGUUAGCCGCUGAGUGCUUAAACUUCUGUGCUACCAAGACCCCUUUUCCCCUCUUCUGGGACUUUGUACUUUAAAAUACUUCAAUGCUUUACCCCCAGUGGGCAGCAGUUCCCAAGGUUGAAGACAGGUCACAAAGUAACAAAGAAAGCAACCUUUUUGUUUUGUACAUGGUGAAACAUACCUCACUUUGUCCUCUGAUGAUUUGUUUACAUCAUUUAGUAUUAUGCAGUUUUUAUGUUGGAGUAAACAGUAUUAUUAUGCUGAAGACAUAAGUACAGACGGUAUAAUCGUGUCAGCUGAUGUGGGCCCUUCCAGUUUUAGCGUAUAUGCUAUGCCUUGGGGAUUCUUGGGUUGCUGGGACGUCAGAGGGGGGUCUGAGGCAGCUUCCAGAGAGGUUUGAACUUUUGGUUUCCCUCUCAAACCCUUUGCAAUAGUUUCAAACGAUUGUGUGGAUAUUGGAUGUUUAGCCUUUACCAUUUGCGGUGUGUUAAUGCAUUUUUAAUAUUGUAGUGUUAACUCACACAAACUGUUUAUUUUGGGAAUACUAAUGCAAAACCAGCCGUGGUCCAGUGGUGAGGAUAGCAAUAUGGUAAGAAAAUAUAUUGACUAUGCUUCUAAUAAAUAAUUGUUUAGUAUUUCACAUUUACCAUGACACGGUACACUCUUAAUUAUGCAUUCUUUGAUAAUUAAAUCUUAACCCAGGAUACUAUGUUAACAAACAGGUCGUUAACAUAGCUUUCUUAAAAGAAAGAGCUUUUCCGUGCUGCUUUCUCCACUUUUGAUUUUUUGUCAGCAAAUUAUGUGAAGAUCAAUGGUGUUUCUCAUUACUCUAGGUGAGACAAAGCUCAUUUGGACAACCUAACUUUAUAGCUAGACAGAAUGGCUACUAAGAAUAUUUAGAUAAUCAAAAUUUAUGAAAAUUAUUUAGGGAUAAGCUAUAAAACCCGCUCAUUAAGCAUAUGUCGUUGACUUUGGACUUGAAUAAAAAUAGUUCCAACUCUGUUAUUUGAGGCUUAUUUGAAUCAGCUUAAAAACAACAAGCUACCUAGUUAAUAAGCAGAGAGAAGCAUUAAUAAAACAAAUUCUUGAAAGCAUUUUUUUCUCUUUAAAAAUAAGAGGACGUUAAGAUUUAUACUCUGAGUAACCUUCAGGAAUAAAAUAAAUUCCCAUUGUCAAAUCUCACUGACUUUGGUUACAGCAAUCUUUUGCUUGCAUUGUGCUAGAAGAGUUUAGCUCCUUUAAAAGGAUAUGACAAUUUUAUUGGAAAGUGUCAUGUGUAUACAUUCAAGGGUUCUGAAUUAUCUGGACUGAAGGCACUGUUCUCACUGUGGCCAGAAGAAUGGGUGUAUUCUGUACAAGAAUCAUGCUACAUUUUAAAUCAAGAUAUCACUUGGUAUCAAUGUGUGUACAGAUUUUUGUUUGGGUUUUUUUUGUUUUGCCUAAAUAAAUGUUAUUAUAAAUUUUA